UUAACCUCCCUGGAGGUAUUCCCGAGUGUAGCUCGGGGUAAAGUUUCAGCACUACAAGUGGUAACCCCGAGCUACACUCAGGAAUACCCUGCAGCUUAGCUCCGGGAUCCCUUCUGCAAUAACCUUGUCCUGCGCUCCCACGAUGUCCCCCUUGCAGCGUCCCCGGCAAUGUCCUCCGGCUGAUGCCGGCAUCUGUCUUCCGGGUUCCGUUCCCUGCGACGUCAGGAUGUACGGGGACGGAACGGCGGGAAAUUUAAAAGUGUCAAAAAACUAAUACACUAAAAUCACAUAGUAAAACAUUAGUGUAUCAAAACCAUUUCACAUACAU